AUUUCUUCCUCUCGCUUAUCACCUCCCAAAACCACUCACCACCUCUCCGUUCCCCCUGCGCCUCCAUGGCCACCACGACGACCCAGCGGCAAUGCUGGCUCCCGGCCUCUGCGCGACCUCCUCCUCUAUUGUCUCCCCAUCGGCUGCGUCCCCUCCCCACAGCGGCCGCCUCCUUCCAUGUCCCUAGGCGCCGCACUGCAGCCAGAGGGAGGGGAGCCUCCCUGGCCUGCACCCCGAGGUGCACGUUGGAGACGGUCGGCCCUUGCUUCGAUCCGCUAGGGCUCUACAAGGAGGGCCCGUCGGGGUCCAAUUCUUCCCAGUCUCCCCUGUCCACCUUCUUCGGCAUCCUUUCGCCGCUGUUUGGGAGCUCCGGUGGCGGCGCCAGGAGGGAGAAGGCGUCCUAUGGCCGAGGAGUAGCAGCUGCAAUUGAGGAUAGUUCCAUUGACAUUGGUGACUUCUUCAAGGGCCCUCUACCCGGGAAGUUCCUGAAGCUCCUUGGUUACUUGGCUCUGUCUCGGCUUGGUGUGUAUAUACCUUUGGGUGGAGUGAACCGGGAAGCUUUUGCUGGAAAUCUUGACCAGAACAGCCUGCUAGGCACUUUAGAUUCUUUCUCUGGUGGAGGUAUCGGCCGGCUUGGAAUAUGCUCCCUUGGCAUUGUACCAUUUAUCAAUUCACAGAUUGUGUUUCAGCUUCUUGCCCAACUUUACCCAAAAUUGCAAGACCUUCAGCGAAAAGAAGGGGAAGCUGGAAGAAAGAAGGUUCUUCAGUAUACAAGAUAUGCUUCUGUUGGUUUUGCAAUUUUCCAGGCUAUUGGACAAGUUCUUUAUCUCCGUCCUUAUGUGAAUGACUUCAGCACAGAAUGGGUUCUAACAUCGGUGACAUUAUUGACGCUUGGAUCAGUCUUUACUACUUACAUUGGUGAAAGAAUAUCUGAUCUGAAACUUGGGAAUGGAACAUCUCUUCUUAUAUUUACAAGUAUAAUAUCGUAUUUGCCUGCAUCAUUUGGGAGGACAGUUGCACAGGCAUUUCAAGAUGGGAAUUAUGUUGGACUUCUCACAAUCGUAUUGUCAUUCUUUUUCUUAGUUCUUGGGAUUGUCUAUGUCCAAGAAGCUGAGCGGAAAAUACUGCUCAACUAUGCUUCUCGAUACAGCAGUCGAACUGGGGGGCUCCAGAGAUCUGCAUAUCUUCCAUUUAAGGUCAACAGUUCUGGUGUCAUGCCUAUCAUAUUUUCUACAUCUUCACUGGCUUUGCCUGGUACCUUGGCACGGUUCACUGGCUUAGAGUUUCUUAAGAAGGCUGCUAUAGCCCUUAAUCCAGGAGGUGCUCUGUAUCUUCCAACUAAUGUAUUGCUUAUAGCCUUUUUCAAUUACUAUUACACAUUUCUCCAAUUGGAUCCUGAUGAUCUUAGUGAGCAAUUGAAGCGGCAAGGCGCUUCAAUACCACUUGUGAGGCCAGGAAAAAGUACAGCUGCUUUUAUUAAAACAGUUCUUAGUCGUAUAUCUGUCCUGGGAUCUGCCUUUCUGGCUGUGCUAGCUGCUGGACCAUCUGUGGUUGAGCAAAUAAGUCACUUGACAGCAUUCCGGGGAUUCGCUGGUACGUCAGUGCUUAUCCUUGUUGGAUGUGCAACUGACACAGCCCGGAAAGUUCAAGCAGAAAUAAUUUCUCAGAAAUAUAAGAAUAUCGAGUUCUAUGAUGUCAACCGUUUUGACCAAUAAUUGAUCUCAUUGGUCAUUCGUUUCAACCUGUACUUACCUUCUCCAUUGUACAAUCUAGUAUUGGGUCUUUUACUAAGCAUUUUAUUAUUAUUCACUUGGAUCUUAUUGUGUUUCUACUGUGUAUAGCACUCAGAUCUAUUUUGAAGUUGCAGAAAUCAUACAUCUGUAUACUAACAUGUCAAAACACUGAAAUCUUAAAGCUAUGGAUGCUCAUUGUUAUUCA